AAUGGGUUCCAAGGCAAUUAUGUUUCUUGGUCUUUUUUUGGCUAUUUUCUUAAUGAUAAGCUCUGAGGUUGCUGCUAGGGAGUUGGCAGCUGAGACUUCCAAUGCGGUAAACGUUGAUGGACAUUAUCAUGGUGGCGGCUAUGGUAAGCACUAUGGAAAACCUAAGAAAUGUUAUAGAUGCCACAAAAAAUACUGCUGCUCUUAUGAAGAAUAUGUGGCUGACCAGACUCACAACUAAAUAAUUAAUUGUGUGUAUUAUUAUUGUAAACUUUUGAAAUUAAGUGACAAGAUAAUAAUAAUCUUGCUACUUAAGACCCUUUGCUUGUAACAAGUAUGAAUAAAGCCAUUCAUUUACUAUGAAUGGUCGGUCAUGAUGUAAUGUUUUGUUGUACAAUAUAUCAUAUUGUGUUAAAAA